GCGCCACAUAAAUCUUCAGGUUCAAGGUUUAUGAUCCAUGAAUAUGCCUGUUAAAAAAUCACCUGUGAUUAAUCCAUUCGGAGUGAUAUCUUCCUCUUAUUAUGAACAACCCUUGAGGUUGGACUUGCAAACUUUAAGGAAAAGAAAAAGUAAUAAAUCAAAGCCACCAUUUUCAAUCACAAAAGAAUUCAUCUUGAGAUUCAACCAAACAAAAAAUCCAAAAGAGAAGGAAGAAUUGUUAGACCUAGCUAGAAAAAACAUUCUCAGAUUUAAGAGAAAAUUGGGUCUCAGCACCUUAGGCACCGGGAAACAUGUGCAUCUUCCUACUGCCUGGACCGAAAUAACAUACCUGGCUCAAUGCAAAGGAGAAAUUCAAGAUGAAGCUUUAAAUAUGCUUUACAUUUCCAUGGACCAUGCUUCCUUUGAUUAUGAUCACCUACCUGCCUUGUUUUUUCUUGCGGAAUCAGUUUUAUAUAGACUCUGCUGUGAUGCAUUCCUAAAGACAUACUUGUACACAGUUGAAAUAAAGCUAACAAAGAUUGGUUCUUUGAUCUUCUUAAGACUGUUUAUAUAUUUCCUGUAUGGUCACCUAGAAAAUUUUAAACAACAUUUACUUAGGCUUCAACAAUAUUUAUAUGCACUUUCUUUCUCUGGAGACUCAUAUUACAAGUAUCCAAACAUCUUUUCAAAUGUGCAAAUUAUUCUGAAAACCAUGGAAAUUAUAUAUGAAAGAGAAUUUUUACCUGGAUCAUUUUCCAGCCCUGUGGCAAAUGAGAAACAAUAUGAGAACAUAGAUUCUGAUAUGGAGGGAUAUGAAAUUAACAACCUGCUCUGGCAUUGUGUUGCUGCCUGGGUUUGUGUUCAGAAGAAGAGUCCUCAGCUGAAUAAGGUGCUUGAACAUCUCAUCUUUCACAAAACACAGCUUCAAACGAAAUGCUGGAUAGAUUCAGCACUGGCUUUGCUGGUCCUUGCAGAGGCUGCCAAAUUAAACAUGGCCUGCUUGAAAACUUUAAUGGACCUAAUGAGAGAUUUUCUUUUAAGCAUCAUGGCUGUUCAGAAUCAGAAAGAAAAAUGUGAAGUAGAUGAUUUUUCCUGGGCCUGGAAUAUAGUUUACAUAUAUAUAACAAUACUUGCAGAAACCUGCUUGUAUGCAGCCAUUUCCAAGUUGCGAAAAACUGCUUUUGUUGGUUUUUGUGACUGUAGAAGUUCAGAAAAAGAUAUUUUACCCUUGGACAAAUCAGAAGAACAGCCAGAAUUGAGAAAUACUAGUAUUUUAGGUCUUUUGAACUAUUUCUCUUCAAAAAUGUCAGAUAAUUGUGAUCAAGUGAUAUGGAUUGGAUACUACGGCAUAGUGUAUAACCUGGUAAAAAUGUCAUGGGAACUUCGAGGAGAUGAGGAACAAGAUGGACUUAGAAACUUAAUAUGGCAAACUUUACAGAAAAUAAAGGAUCAUGAAAAAGAUGGGCGGAUCCGUAAUGCAGUAAAUACAGCUAAGGCUGAGUUAAAUGACCCCAUGGAUCCUUUCACUAGUUAUAGUACAAAAGUUUCAUCAAAUGCAGGGGAUGAAGUUUUCUCGAAAUACAUAGGAUGGAGAAUUGCGAAUGCACUUUCCAAACUCUUCUUCCCUUCCACUAAUGCCUAUGUUCUUCCUUCAAAAAAACCAUUGAUAAAACGAGAUGGAAUGAAACACCUGUAUAAAAAGCAAGAUUGUAUGAAGAAGAGGGUUGUACAUUUUACUGUAAGGAAACAUCCGUCUGUAUCAGAACUCCCCAUGUUUCCAUAUCCAGAUUUUUUCACCAAGGGAGAUGAAGAAUUGACAAGAAUCAUUGACCAUCACUGGCAGGAAGAGCUAAAGAUCCGACAGAAAGAAGAUGUAAUAUGUGAGGCCAAAGAACGAGAAGAUAAAAAGUUAGAGGAAAAAAACCACUUCAUGGAAAUUAUGAAGAGAAGAGAAGAGAAGCUACACAAGAAAACCAAACCCUAUGAGCUUCCUCCUAGGAUUGAAGUAAUUGCAUUAGAAAAGAAAAUGACCUCCCCAAAUUAAGACCCAUAUGUCAGAAAUUCAUUGAAUGAAAAAGACCAAGAUAGGUACAUCUUAGG